AUGAUGAGAUUUAUGAUUCUUGUAGCUCUACUUUGCCUUGUCAAUUGCAAGCCAAAGUGGACACAACUUUAAAAUUACACUUUUGAAAAAUAUAUCAGAGAUUUUUAAAAGGAAUAUAAAGCAGAUUCUGAAGAAUACUUAACUAGGAAGAAAAUAUUUGAAUAGAAUUUAGCUGAUAUAAUUGCCUUCAAUAAAGAAGAUCAUUCCUACAAAAAAGGUGUUAAAAAUAAUACUGAUGAAAGCUACUUUGAAAAAAAAGAAUAGUUUUCCAUAUUUAAAAGUUAAGUCGACUUUGAAAUAUUGGAUCCUUCAACUAGAAAAUUUAACUAAACUUAUAAAGCUAAAGGCUUGAAAAAUUUACCAUAGAGUGUAGACUGGAGAGAAAUAGGUGUUGUAUCUCCUGUAAAAGAUUAAGGUGAUUGCUUGUCUUGCUGGGCAUUUACUGCAGUUUCCGUUUUGGAGAGUCAUGCUGCAAUAGCUGCUGGUUCAGGAAAUUUAAAAACUCUGUCAACCUAACAAUUAGUUUCUUGUGUCCCUAACCCUAAAUAAUGUGGUGGAUAAGGUGGAUGUUUUGGUGCUGUUGCUGAUUUGGCUUUUGAAUAUACUUCUCAAUAUGGUAUUACUUCUGAAUUUAAAUAUGGCUAUAAAUCUUAUUUUAAUGACACAUAUGAAUGCAAAUUCGAUCCCCUCAAAUAAUAGCCUGAAGUUAUAAACUAAGGUUUUGCUAAAGUAACUCCUAAUGAUUAAUAAGCUCUAUUAGAAGCUGUAGCUACAAUUGGCCCUAUAGCUAUCUCAAUUGACUCUACUGGUUGGGAUUCCUAUGAAGAGGGUGUAUUUGAUGGAUGUGAUUAUUCAGAAAAUAUUAAUAUUGACCACGCUGUUGUGUUAGUUGGUUAUGGAACUGAUCCAAAGUACGGAGAUUACUGGCUUGUAAGAAAUUCUUAUGGUACUGAAUUUGGCGAAGAUGGUUACAUUAGAAUAAAAAGAGAAGCUGUACCUUAAUGCGGUAUAGAUAGUACUCCUACCAAUGGUUUUGCUUGUGGAGGUGAUGAAACGCCAAUUAAAGUUUGUGGUAUGUGCGGAAUUCUUUCUGACAGCUCUUAUCCUCUCAACGUAAAAGUAAUAGUUUGA